AUGGGCGAUUCGGACCCCCAGAAGUCAGCCUCGAACCUCUCGACUCUCAACGGGGAGGAGAGCGGAUCUUACGGGCAACCCGACCUUGAAAAGCAGCCCACGGAAAAUAACGCCGAUGCACCUGGACAAGUAGCACAGAAAUACCCAGAGACUGAUUUGAGUCGAGGUAUAGUCGGGUGGGACAGUCAAGAUGACCCCCAGAAUCCCCAGAACUUUGCCGCAAGCAAAAAAUGGGCAUUGCUCGGAUUGAUCAGCGCUUUCACAUUGAUUUCGCCACUUGCCUCGAGCAUGUUCGCGCCUGCCGUUGUGUACAUGGCUGAAGAGUUCCACGAGACGAAUGAAACCAUUCUUUCCUUCAGUGUCAGCAUCUUUCUGAUCGGAUACACGUUCGGGCCCCUCUUACUAGCUCCUCUGAGCGAGAUCUACGGUCGUCGCGUAGUCCUCAGCGGUGCCAACUGGUUCUUCGCCGCUUGGCAGAUUGGAUGCGCCCUUUCCAAGAAUAUUGAAACCCUUAUUGUGUGUCGACUUUUUGCCGGAAUUGGAGGAUCUGCCUGCAUCACUCUUGGUGCUGGUGUUGUUGCAGACCUAUUUCCAAUAGAAAUGCGGGGAAGAGCCACCUCCAUCUGGAGUAUGGGACCUCUGCUUGGACCUGUGGCGGGCCCAAUUGCUGGUGGCUUCCUAGGCGAGGAGGUUAGCUGGCAAUGGAUUUUCUGGGUUCUACUGAUUGCAAGCGGAGCUAUGCAGCUUGGCAUUGAGAUACUGAACAAGGAAACAUACGCCCCUGUCUUGAUCAAAUGGAAGACAGCCAAGCUGGCAAAGGAGCUUGGCCGCACAGACUUGCAAAGUGCAUAUGAUAUCGGCCGCGAACCCCUCUCGAAUGCUCAGAUCUUGAAGCGCAGUCUUAUACGACCGGUCUUAUUAUUAGUCAAAUCGCCUCUCGUGUUACUACUUUCAACAUAUAUGGCUCUCGUCUAUGGCCUGCUGUACCUCUUUUUCACAACCAUCUCCGAUGUCUUCACGAGUACCUACGGCUUUACGGUCGGCCUGUCUGGCCUCGCAUACUUGGGUAUUGGCGUUGGGUUCUUUGUCGGUAUCAUGAUCAUCGCUUUGACAAAUGACCGCAUUGUCCAGAAGCUCACUGCUCAGAACGGCGGCAAGUUCGAGCCAGAAAUGCGCCUCCCGACAAUGAUAAUGUUUGCCUGCAUUCUGCCAAUCAGCUUUUUCUGGUACGGAUGGACCGCUGACAAACAUGUUUUCUGGAUCGUGCCCAUCAUUGGCAUGUUCCCCUUCGGCGUGGGCAUGAUGGGUGUUUUUAUGCCUAUCCAGACCUACCUCAUUGACUGUUACCCGACCUAUGCGGCGUCGGCUAAUGCAACGCUGACGGCAACCCGUUCGCUGGUCGGCGCACUUCUUCCCCUUGCUGGUCCAGCUAUGUUUCAAGCUCUCGGGCUCGGCUGGGGAAACUCGCUGCUGGGAUUUCUCGCACUUGCCUGCGUUCCAAUCCCCAUCAUUUUCACCAAGUUUGGCAAGCAAAUUCGAGAGAAGUGGCCCGUUAAUCUUGAAAACAACAAAAAAUGA